CAGUCAGUGCACGCAUACGCGACCAUACGCAUACCCGUCGACAGACUUACAACAGGACGGAUCGAAAAAAAAAUUGUAAUUAUCGAUUAUAAAAAAAAAAGCUAAAAAAUAAAUUAUAUUAAUCAUAGUUGUUUUUUUUCGUGUGAACGUCCCCGCGCCGGGUUUUUAUUAUUUUGUUUUAAAUACUUUUUAACUUUGAUAAACCGAUAUAAGUUUUUAUUCGACACUUUUUUUAAUCAAUUAAUUUGUUUGGUGUUUUCGCGUUGUUGUCCACAUGUUUGCCCUUUGACGAUAAUAAUAAAUAUAUUUUAUAAAAUUAUUAUGGGCUAAAUUCUCAAACGGCGAACGCGUUCGAUUGAAAAACAUGUGAGAUAAUUUGUUUUAACAACAAAUAUUAUUAAUAUUCGUCGUUGUGCCGCGAGUGACAGUUGCAGUUUCUUGGUUAUUUCCUAAUUAUUGGUGUUUUUUAAAUAUUUUUUUAAUUAAUAUUUCAAUUCUUCGGAUACGUCACGCGGAAGUCUGACCGGGAAAAAAGCACGUGCCCGCCGGCAACAGCUCGUCGAAUAACUUCGAAGAUACACAUAUUUCUGUUAUAUGGAGGAAGUGCAGAGACGUUGUCCGUUCGGUUAAGAGGCAUGACCGGAUCGUUGCGACUGAGCGCGUUGCUGUUGCUGCUGUUGUCCCGUUGGGCGUCUGCGGACCUCGAAAAGGGCGAGAACGAGUUCGUCCGCAGCUGGGUGAUCAUCGAGGAACAGCUGGUGCCGCCGUCCCGGGACGAGCUGUUGGCGUCCGGCGUCGGUGUCGGCGCGGGCGGCGGUCGCCGGAUCACGCCCAAGUCGGUGUUCGUCGCGCCGUCGUUCAACAAGUGCUCCGACGGGUACAGGCCGGACAGUAUGGGCCGUUGCGUCAAGGUGGUCAAGCUCAACCCGACGGCCCAAUGGGACUUCUUGCUCAAGCAGUUGAACUCCAUGUACGGCGGAGGGCCGCCGAUGGCCGCGGCCGUCACCGCGUUCCCGCCGCCUAGCACGACGGUCGAACCGCCGCAGCACAAGACGGAGAGCACGGGCCCGUUUCAACUCAACAUACCGCUGUUCAAUCAGACGAUGGAACAGGAAGACACCGCGGUGGACACCUCAACGGCGGGCCCCGUGUCCAGCGCCGCGCCGCCGACUACCACCGUCGUUUCCGUUGUCCCGACUACCGUCCAACCACAGACCACUCUCCGGGAAACCGAGGACACCACGUUGUUCGACUUGUCCACUGUGGUGACGGCCGAUUCAAAGACGAAAACCGUGGGGAGCAGGACGACCACAACGGACGAACCGCUGCAGACGACCACAACGACCUUUAUGGACUCCGACACUGGCACGCCGCCAACGUCCACUGCUGUGACGACAGAAGAAGAUGACGAGGGCAUUGGUGGCACGGUCACGAUGACGAUGGUGGACGCGACGACGACGGCCAAAACGGUGCCGAAGAAGCCGACGACGACGGCCAAAGAGGUGCCGCAGAAGCCGAUGACGACGACGUCGAUGACACCCGCGACGAGAAUCUGGACGACGACCACGACGGCGCAGCCCACCACCACCAGUACGACAACCGCGGCUGGUACGACGGAACCGCCAACCGAGUACUACGAUGAGCCCAUGGGACCGGAUUGCACGGCACCGGAUGCAUACUACAGGUACGCGGAAUGCGCGCCGCAGUAUCAACCCGCACCUGAGAUACAGGUGUUCGUCGCGCCGCCGCCGCCGUCCAAAAGACCAAUGGCGUAUCAGCCACCUUCGCAGCCCGUACAACCGGUGCAGCAAGUGGGCGCUGUCCGAUUCCCGGACGACGAGGGUCGAGACGACGCGGACGUCGAAGCCGACUCGGCCACCGACCACACCAUCAAUCUGGUUAGGUUCCCGGACGGCGUGCCGUACAGGACCACUAACAAGAUGUACGAGAGCAGCAGACAUCCGACGUGGUGGCCGACCGGGUGGGAACAGCAGCAGCAGCAACAACAACAGCUACAGCAGCAGCAACAACAGCUACAACAGCAACAACAACAGCAACAACAACAGCUCCAACUGCAACAACAACAGCAGCAGCAGCGAAGGGACGACGUGGCACGCAACGAGGGUGUCCGAUUAUGGGAAUUCGGGUCCAGACUGCCCAAGACCACUACUGAGGCGACACCGUGGUUCCACAGGUUCUUCCAGUAAAUUUAAAUACAUUUAUUUUUAUAUAACCAAUGUGUUUUUUUUUCUAAUGAAAUUAAUCAAUAUUAUAUAAAUUUUAUUAAUGUUUUUUUUUACUCAGUAUUUCGGCGUUAGCUUGUAUAUGCGUUAGGUACGGUUAAUUAUUAUUAUUAUUGUAUGUUUUUUUUUGUUGCCAUAAUAUAUAACGUCCGUAGAAUAACCAUUUUUUUUUUUAUUAAAGUCACGAGUGUUUUAUUUAUUGUGUGUGUUUUUUGGUAGUAAAUCAAUCUUUUUAUUGAAAAGGAAUAGGAGUGCAAAUAUUUAAUAUUAACUUUUGAGCGAUUUAAGCCUUAACGGUGUUUUUUUUUAUAUUAUAUAAUUUGUUUUGCCUCUAACAACACAUUAACCGCCGUACUGCUACUAUUAUUAUUAUGAUUACUUAUUAUCGUUUAUUACUUAUACUGUUUGUUUUUUUUUUUUAAUUCAUGAAGUUGUAAAUAUCGUUAAGCGUGUUCCUAUUAUAAGAGAUCACGGCUUCUAGUUAAUGAAAUAGCUGAUGCCGCUCGACGUAUUAGUGUAAAUAUAUAUUUAAUAUUAUUAUUAUUAUUAUUAUUAUUAUUAUCACGUGUACAGCGAACCAUUUCGAAUGUUAUAUAUACAUAUAUUAUUAUACCUAUACAAUACCAUUGAUUUAAUCAUUCACGCACAAAUACAAAAUAUUAUACAAGGA